CGCCUCUUUCUCCUUUCUCCUUUCUCCUUUCUCCUUGCUUUUCUCCCUGUGUUUUAGUUUCAGCUCACUCUGCUGUAUUGCUCAUGAGUGGCAUCUCCAUUGUUUCUUCUACUUAACCAUUUUACAUAUUUCCUCUUUCUUGAUAUUGGUACGUUAAAGAUAGAGGUUUUUGAAUCUGCUGUGUGGGUUUUCUUGAGAGUAAGUGAUACCCAUUGUCGGAAAAGGUGGGAUGGAGAGUGGGUCGAGCUCAGGUAUGGGGGAGAAGGUGGAUAGGCGAAAGGGUCAGAGAAAACCGCCGGGCAGUACUUCCGGUGCUGGGGCGCCCAAGAUUGAGCCUUUUGUGCCUAGACAAGGUUAUGACCCGAGGGAGUUGAAAUCUUGGGCCAAAAGGACUGGUUUUGUGUCCACCUUCUCCGGGGAGACCGAGACGGCGAGUCUGAGCGGGGGAGAUUUCAGUGGGAGGAAUCUGAACGUGGCGAAUGGGAAUAGUAAUAGUAAUGUGGGGUUUGACUUGGAGAGAGGGUUUGACAAGACUGAGUCUGUGUCUCCAAAGAUUGAGCUUGACCCCAUUUUGGGAAGGACUAGGAAUAGAGGGGUUGAGAUUGAGCCUGACAUGAGGCCUGCGAAUAGGGGUUUGAGAAAUGAGGCUUUGAGGGGUGAGAAUGAGAGGAGGAAAGUCGAACUUGACAAAAACUUAAUAAGGGUUCCAAAUGGGGAGACUAAAGAUGCUCUGAAUGGUAUUGCAAGUCAUAACUCCAAUGUGGGUGUAAAUGGAAAUGAACAUGUAGUCCAGCCAGCUACUUCAGCCAUAGAUCCAAAGAAAGAAGAUGGAAAUGUGGAUUAUGAAAUGGAGAUUCCUGAUGGGGAGGAUCCAUCUUCUGGAGGAUGGCUUCAGUCCCCAAGGAUUAAGUGUGGACUAAGAGAAAAUCCGGGUUACGUGGCACUUAUCUACUAUGGCUUGCAGCACUUUCUGUCGUUGGUUGGCUCGAUUAUUUUUAUCCCGUUGAUCACUGUACCUGCAAUGGGUGGAACUGAUAAAGAUACUGCUACUGCAAUUUCCACAAUGUUGCUAGUAACUGGCCUUACUACAGUGUUGCACUCAUAUUUUGGUACUCGGCUGCCAUUGGUUCAAGGGAGUUCGUUUGUGUUUUUGGCACCUGCAUUGGUGAUCAUAAAUUCUGAGGAGUACCGAAACCUUGCUGAAAAUAAAUUUAGGCACAUAAUGAGGGAGUUACAAGGAGCUAUAAUAGUUGGUUCAAUAUUCCAGAGCAUAUUCGGUUUCAGUGGCUUGAUGUCUCUUUUUCUAAGGUUGAUAAAUCCUGUUGUGGUUGCUCCGACAAUUGCAGCAGUGGGUUUAUCUUUUUUUAGCUAUGGCUUUCCACAAGCUGGUAGCUGUGUAGAAAUUAGCCUCCCCCAGAUAAUACUAGCCCUCGCUUUUACAUUGUACCUUCGAAAAAUAUCUAUUUUUGGACAUAGAGUGUUUCGAAUCUAUGCGGUUCCAUUGAGUGUUGUAAUGACAUGGGCAUAUGCAUUCUUCUUGACGGCUGGUGGGGCAUAUAACUAUAAGGGCUGCAGCUCUGACAUACCAAGUUCCAAUAUCCUUAUUGAUGCGUGCAGAAAGCAUGCAUAUACAAUGCAGCAUUGCAGGACCGAUGUUUCUAAUGCUAUGAGAACUGCUGCAUGGGUCAGAAUCCCUUAUCCGUUGCAGUGGGGCAUGCCUAUCUUCCGGCUUAGGACAUCGGUCAUUAUGAUAAUUGUGUCACUAGUUGCUUCUGUUGACUCGGUUGGUACUUAUCAUUCUGCAUCUAUGAGAAUGAAUCUGAAACCUCCAACUCCGGGUAUUGUAAGCCGAGGAAUUGGUUUAGAGGGGUUUUGUAGUAUACUGGCUGGACUCUGGGGAACAGGUACUGCAUCAACAACGUUGACCGAGAAUGUGCACACAAUCGAUGUCACCAAGGUAGCAAGCCGAAGGGCUCUACAACUCGGAUCAGUUUUCUUGAUCCUCUUCUCUUUUGUAGGGAAAGUGGGGGCUAUCCUUGCGUCUAUACCUCUGGCAUUGGCUGCUGCGGUGCUAUGCUUCAUAUGGGCUCUGAUUGUUGCUUUGGGUUUGUCAACAUUGCAAUAUACCCAAACUUCGAGUUUCAGAAACAUUAUGAUUGUUGGUGUUUCGUUGUUCCUUGGUUUCUCCAUCCCUGCUUACUUUCAGCAGUAUCAGCCCGAGUCGAGCUUAAUUUUGCCUGGUUAUCUCAUUCCUUAUGCUGCAGCAUCAAAUGGACCAGUUCACUCCGGGAAUACACAAUUCAAUUUUGCGCUAAACGCACUCAUGUCCUUGAACAUGGUGGUGACGCUCUUGGUGGCAUUCAUACUAGACAACACUGUCCCGGGCACCAGACAAGAGCGAGGUGUGUACAUAUGGUCAAAUACGGAAGAUAUAGCAGCAGAUCCGUCUUCCUUUUCGGACUAUUCACUACCAAGUAAACUCGGUAGGUGUUUCCGUUGGGCAAAAUGCUUAGGUUUAUGAGUGUUAAGUGUGGCUUGGAUAUAAGAACAAACUUCUAUUCGAACCAUAGCCAGUAGCAGCGCAGUUAGAACAGAUAAUAGAUGAAUACGUAUCUUCAUUCCCUUAUACAAAAACACUUAUCUCACCAAGAAAUGGUAUUAUUUUGUAUCUUUACAAGCAACUGUAAUACAGAAAAUUGCAUAUUGCAUCAAUGGUCAAUUGAUUCUUGCAAGA